UCUUUACACUGGCUUUCAUUUGCAUGGGCUCAAAGACAACACAACAAGGCCUAACUAUCUAAAGCCUGGCCUGUGAUUGAUUGUAUUUGUUCGCUUUUUUUCACUCUCCAUGUUUCUACGCCUUAAUACCAAUCCAACCAUAUCGUCCUCGCUUUCAUGCAUCUAUGGUUUGUGUCAACUUGCGCGUAAAGAAGAAUAUUCCUUGGAACGUGAGGUCCUAACCUUAGAAUUGCUCGUCAAGUCAGGUUUGAACAGCAUGUCUUUUCGACAAGAGAGACAAGAAAAGGAAAUUUUAUGUUUGGGUGGCUUUACUCCGACAACUAUGGACAGUUUGUGGCAUCCAAAGCUCGAUCUCAAUCAACCUUAGUGCCUAUCGCCGGCUUAUACUUUUGUCAUUUUCCAGCCUACAACACGUAUUUUUGUCUCGAUUUUCUUUUCACUUUAAUCCUCCUCUUUAACAGGCCAGUGCUCAUGCAAUUUUUUGGGCCCUGCUCCGCUCCCCACUUCGGAUCUAAAUGGGUUCGAGUCGCUCAGAUGGCUCCGGGAAAGAACGCCUGCGGUGGACACAAGAACUUCAUGAUCGGUUUGUACAGGCGGUUAAUCAGCUUGGAGGCUCCGACAGGGCAACUCCAAAGGGUAUUCUGAAGACCAUGGGCAUUCAUGAGCUAAACAUCUAUCAUGUCAAAAGCCAUUUACAGGGCUGCACAACUUAGUGAAGCGAUACAAAUGCAGAUGGAAGUACGAAGGCGAAUGAGUAAUCAACUUGAGGUUCAAAAGAGCUUGAAGCUUAAAAUGGAAGCCCAAUGGAGAUUCCUUGACACAAUUGCUGAGGAACGUCGAAACCGCACGACCAAUAACAUUACAAAACCGGGCAAGCCUUCUUCUCCAAUAUUGUUAACGCUGCCUUCCCUUUGCGAGGAGUCCGAGUCUAAUGCAAAAGAAUUCGAUUCCGAUUCAGAAGCUGACAAGAUCAGGGAGAUACAUUAUACUCCUGUGGAAGAAUACAGAGCUCCAAAGAGGCUUAGGGUUGAAGAUCAGGAUGAUGUUUUGUAUCCGAGAUUUAACGAUAUUGUUGAAUUAAAGGACACAAAUGGACCUACAAUGGCUACGGUUCCACCUGAUAAGGAUGCAGCAGUCACAUGAGGCCACUCUGCCAAUUCUGUUAUGCAUUAUGAGCUGUCAUUAUUCUUUUAUUCAUUUCUGUUAUUUUACAUUUGUAAUCUAUAAAUAGCAAUGCACAGGACUGUAUACACGGUGUGAUAUAUGAAAUACGUUUGCAGUUA